GUUGUGUGCUAAAUAGUCUGUGAUCUGCCUGCAAACCUCUCUUACUUUCUGCCUUUCUGUCUUUUAUACCCUCGGGACUAUAAGGAGCUCUGCAUACCUGACCUUUCACAUCCACGGUUGGAGGAAAAUUAAGCCCUUAAUACAUUUUUUUUGCACUGCUGACUUCCAAGAUCUGUUCAGUUGCUGGCAAACAUGGAAGGACUGAAUGAUGUUCAUGAUGACGGAUCCUUCAUGUUCACAUCAGAGUCUGUGGGAGAAGGGCAUCCAGAUAAAAUCUGUGACCAAAUCAGUGAUGCAGUUCUUGACGCACACUUAAAGCAGGACCCGGAUGCUAAAGUAGCCUGUGAGACUGUCUGCAAAACUGGUAUGGUGCUUCUCUGUGGUGAGAUCACAUCUCGGGCCAAUGUGGACUACCAGAAGAUUGUGCGAGACACCAUAAAACACAUUGGUUAUGACAACUCUGAAAAAGGUUUCGACUAUAAAACUUGCAAUGUGCUGGUAGCUCUCGAGCAGCAGUCUCCUGAUAUAGCUCAGGGUGUCCAUGUUGACAGGCAUGAGGAAGAUAUUGGAGCUGGAGAUCAGGGGCUCAUGUUUGGCUACGCCACUGAUGAGACAGAAGAGUGCAUGCCUCUCACCAUUGUCCUUGCUCACAAACUCAAUUCAAAAAUGGCUGAGCUGCGGCGGGACGGCACCAUCCCAUGGCUUCGCCCGGACUCAAAGACUCAGGUCACUGUGCACUACAAACAGGAGAACGGUGCUGUGAUUCCUUUGCGUGUCCACACAGUUGUCAUCUCUGUCCAACAUGAUGACAACAUUUCACUGGAGGAGCAGCAGCGUAUUCUGAAGGAGAAGGUCAUCAAAGCUGUUGUGCCAGCCAGAUAUCUUGAUGAUAAGACAGUCUACCAUCUGCAGCCCAGUGGACGCUUUGUCAUCGGAGGACCUCAGGGAGAUGCUGGUGUUACAGGAAGGAAGAUUAUUGUGGACACAUAUGGUGGAUGGGGAGCUCAUGGUGGUGGUGCCUUCUCUGGAAAGGACUACACUAAGGUGGAUCGUUCUGCUGCCUAUGCUGCUCGCUGGGUAGCGAAGUCUCUGGUGAAGUCCAAACUGUGCAGAAGAGUGCUGGUUCAGGUGUCUUACGCCAUUGGAGUCGCCCACCCACUCUCAAUCUCCCUCUUCACCUACGGCUCAUCGGAAAAAACAGAGAAGGAGUUGCUACAUAUUGUCAACAAGAACUUUGACCUCCGACCAGGUGUCAUUGUUAGGGAUCUGAACCUGAAGAGGCCAUUCUACCAGAACACCGCCUGCUAUGGUCAUUUCGGGAGGUCAGAGUUCCCCUGGGAGAUGGCCAAAACCCUCAAGGUUUAAAGCGAGAGGAGGUGCGAGCCCUACCUUCAGUCAUUCAGCCACUUCAGUGCUCCUUUACCCCUUUGUUCUCUUUUCGCAUACACAAAAUAAUAGAUUAGAUGGAUAUACUGUAAAUGUUAAGAAAUUGUAAUCAGUCUUUUAUUUAGAAACCUGCACGAUCCCUCAACACGCAUGACGAGCGAUCAUUCCUUAAAGCAGAAGCAUUUUUUUUUAAUUCUCAUUGUCCUAUGCUAGAUAAGCAUAUAGAGACAAUUUUAAUGUAGGCCUAAUGAUUUUAUAAUUUACUUACCUGCUAAGGUUACCUGCUUACCUGUAGGCUAAGUAUUGUGACUAUGUGGGGCUUUCAAAAAAUUACUGUCACAGCAGCUACACUGGUUGGACUUGGCGCGAGUUUUUGGCGGGCUUUCGUAUCAUUGCUAGAUGGAGCAGGCCUAAAAGUAUUUGGGGAAAGUGCAAAAAUAAUUUGCAAUAUUUUGGGUGACAAUGGCGGCUCAGAAACACAUUUCAGCUUUUAAAAAAGUUUACUAUGCCUAUAGGCGACUUUAUAAUUUGUGAGUGUGUUUUGAGGAGACAUACACAUGAUAUUGUGGACCACUGAAGCUUUAGGUUUUUUAGGUUCUAUCUGAGAACCAUAUUCCUCUCAUCAUACAGUCUUAAAAGGGUCUAAUUUGUGUGCCUAUUUCUUGCACAAACAUUACUUGUUUAUGCCUCGUUUUGACUGUAUCAUCUCAUUAAUGUUGGAUAAUGAAAGAGGUAUGUUAUUAUGAGAAUAUUGUUGUGUACAUACAGAUCCUGUUCUGUUCUUAUAUUAAUUUUCACCACUGGAGAGUGAGCAUGUAUGUAUGUAUGUGUGAAUGUACUUCGGUUUUUAAAAAAGCUUUAGUUGCGCAUUUUAUGUGUGCAUGGAAGCCACUGUGUAAUUGCAUUUGUUGACUUCUGUAAGUUAAACAUCGGUAUUAAUUCUUCAAAAACACUGUAAACCAUCCUAUACUUCUUUCAGAUUUUCAACUUUUUUUCUUUAAGAUUGAAUUUAAGAUGUAAAUAAUUGUGAAUAAUUAAAGUGUGGAAAAUUC